UUCAACAGAUCUCGCGCUCAGUCAGCAGCGACUCAGCAGAGGCACGAGGGGAACGUUUGAGGACACUUGACAGCUUUUCAGAGACUGCUAUGACAUCUCGCAGGUGGUUCCACCCCAACAUCACCGGAAUCGAGGCAGAGCAGCUCCUGUUGACCCGGGGCGUCCACGGCAGUUUCUUGGCCCGGCCCAGCAAGAGCAACCCAGGGGAUUUCACCCUCUCUGUCAGACGUAACGAUGAGGUGACCCACAUUAAGAUCCAGAACUCAGGUGACUACUACGACCUGUACGGAGGGGAGAAGUUCGCCACGUUGGCCGAGCUGGUGCAGUACUACACCGAGCAACAGGAUCUCCUGCGCGAGAGGAACGGCCAUGUCAUCGAGCUCAAGUACCCACUCAACUGCAAGGACCCCACAUCUGAGAGAUGGUACCACGGGCACCUCUCUGGGCGAGAUGCAGAGAAGCUGCUCACAGACAAAGGCAAGGCCGGGAGCUUCCUGGUUCGGGAGAGCCAAAGUAAACCGGGCGACUUCGUCCUCUCUGUUCUCACCAAUGAGGAGAAACAUGAGAACGUGGACCGCAAGACCAAGGUCACCCACGUUAUGAUACGCUACCAGCAGGACGGUAAAUACGACGUGGGCGGUGGAGAGAGGUUUGACACCCUCGCUGACCUGGUGGAUCACUACAAGAAGAACCCCAUGGUAGAGAAGAGCGGCAUCGUAGUGCACCUCAAACAGCCCUUUAAUGCCACGAGGAUAAACGCAGCCAACAUAGAGAACCGGGUACGAGAGCUCAACAAAGUAGCGGACAAUUCUGAGAAACCAAAACAAGGAUUCUGGGAAGAAUUUGAGGUACUUCAGCAGCAGGAGUGCAAACUGCUGUAUCCCCGGAAAGAAGGCCAGAAGCCAGAAAACAAGAGUAAAAACAGAUACAAGAAUAUCCUCCCCUUUGACACAACUCGGGUUGAAAUUACGGAAGCAGAUCCAGACAUUCUUGGUUCAGACUACAUCAAUGCCAACUACAUCAGAAGUAUGCAUGAAGAGGGGCGCCAUGUGCAGGAGGGCAAGGUCUUCAUCGCCACCCAAGGGUGCCUACAGAAUACAGUCAUCGACUUCUGGAAGAUGGUGUACCAGGAGAAUACACACGUCAUUGUCAUGACCACGAAAGAGAUGGAGCGAGGAAGGAACAAAUGUGUCCGUUACUGGCCUGACCCGCACACCACCAGGGAGUUCGGGAAGGUGCUGGUGAAGAACGUGGAGGAGCACUCAGCACAGGACUACAUCCUUAGGAAGCUGGAGGUGACCCGUCUGGACCGGAAGGAGCUCCCGAGGUAUAUCUGGCACUACCAGUAUCUAAGCUGGCCGGAUCACGGCGUGCCCAAUGAGCCCGGUGGUGUCCUUUGGUUUCUAGAGGAGGUCAACCGCACCCAGAGCACCAUUCCAGACACUGGACCCAUUGUUGUUCACUGCAGCGCCGGCAUCGGGAGGACAGGCACUAUUAUCGUCAUUGACAUCCUUAUUGAUAUUAUUAACCGCCAAGGACUGGACUGUGACAUUGACAUCCCUAAGACCAUCCAGAGGGUACGGCAGCAGAGGUCGGGUAUGGUGCAGACGGAGGCCCAGUAUAAGUUCAUCUACAUGGCUGUGCAGCAGUACAUAGACACAGCCCAGAAGAGACUGGAGGAGGAGCAGAGGAAUAAGAUGAAGGAGAGAGAAUACUCCAAUAUCAAAUAUCCUCAGAUGACCAACUCCAGGUCCAAACCCAAUAUGACAUCCUCACGCUCUUCUUCUGUGAUGACAAACGAUGAUUCGUCGAGUGUGUACGAGAACAUAAACUUUAAAAGCCCUCAGACGUCUUUUAGCAGUAACACCAGGAGGUAAAACCAUUGCCGUGGACCUCCACAUCUCUCUGUCUGCUUCUCUUUUCAGCGGAGGUGUCGCUUCGUCAGCGCCUGAAAAUCCCUUUUGGGGAAGGAGGGAGUGUGGUGCUCUGAAUACAGCCCACCACUGUGGACCCUGCCUGGGCUGAAGGUGGCGACCCCUCUUCCUGCUGCUGGACUUCUCUGUCUGGAGUCAAACCUCACCCUCCAUGGAGAGGAUGACUUUACAGCAUAGCUGCCCAUACUCAGGGCCCCUGUCCCCUCCCUCCCCUCUUUCCCUCUCCCCCGCUCAACUCCAGCCUACCAAAGCCUUUCCUUCUCUUAACCAGCGAAAGUGCCUUGUCACAGGAUGUGUCUGUAAUCUAGCUGUUACAUCUCCUCUGUUACUUCUUUCCAAACCCUGGAAAACCCAAGCUGACAUGACAAACAACCUGUUUUUUCCUUGGUGCGACGGGUAUUAAACAUGGAGUCUGCCCCGGGUCUGAACUGAACAAAGCUGUACCGCGGGACCCGAGAAGAGGUCAAAGUUAAGCUACUUGUCCGCUCGUUGCCAGAAUUGUUUGCUGUCCUUCUUUCUCUGUCUUUGCCGGCUGUCUUUUGAACUUAAACCUAAGACUGUUUAUGCCGCAUUCUGUCUCUCCAGCUGUCUUGGUUAUUAAUGUAGCCGCUGAGUGAUAACAGGGGCAGUGACCUAUCCUGCUGCAGGACCCUGAGGCACAGGGGGAUCGAGCAAGCCCUCGAAAAAUCUUCAGCAAUCUUGUAAUUUCAAUUUAGGGUGUAAAAGUGGACUCUUUAUUUUAUUUUAUUUUUGAGUAUGUGACUGAUUUUCGAAGUGAUGUUGUGAAAGAGUUGUGUAUGUAAUCUCCCUGGCUGUUGCAAAUGCAAAUCAGCUGUUUUGUGGUUGUUUAACAGAAUUGGAGACCAUCUUUACUAAUUAUAGUUACUGGGACAUACACAUCAGUCCUGUCUGUCAUCCUGUAGGUGGCCUCCAGUUGUCCCACUUUGAGUACAAACUCAUUCAGAAACAUGAAAAAAAAAAUUUGUCUGUCCUUAUAAUCAGUUUAUUUACAUUAUUUCUUAGUGUUUUGUUGAUACUGUUGGUGUCAUGGUUGUGUAACAUGUAAGAUGUUGAUUUUUUUUUUUUAAAUACAUAUUUAUACAGGAGCGUUGUGGUGGAAGAGGUCAUGUUUAAGCACAAUUGUCUAAGCAGCAUCCCCAGCACUAACUUUAUUCAGAUGAGAAUAGUAGAAGUUGAUAUUUGAUAGGAGGGUGGGUGGGUGAAGAGGAUUCCUGAAUGAGUAGUUCGAGGUGAGCGGGGUCCCGGCUUUGUUUGACUGGCUGUCCUCGUUAAUCAGCAGGUCUGCUGCAGUUCAACAUCUGUCGGAGGAGAUUGUCACAAGGAGACAAGGGAAAGGGGGUGAUUACAGCAGGCCAGAUGGCCAUCUGCCUGAGAUUGAAGAAUAGAUUUGUCUCUAAAAAGUAAUUUAGAAGAUGGCCAUAAUCCAGGCUUGAUGAUAGCGGGGCGAGUAAGCCGACGUCAUUGAUGUGAUAAGGAAAGCGGUGGUGCCGCUGAGCACUGAGCCCUCUGUGCAGUCUGCCAGAUUGUCCGCUAUUUUUAGCCUUCAGGAUCAGCACCAAAAUAUCCCACUCAAAUACUAGUGCAGAUAUGUUGGUGAAAUUUGACCUAGCUUGUUUAAAAACGCAAUCACCUAAUGUCCCUGACAAACUUUAACAACAUUGGUGUCUCUUGCAGUAGAAAGUUAUGAUAUUAUGUCUACAGUAAAGUCCAUUUUCAUCUCAUGAUAACGCAUCAAAAUGAACCAUGAAUGAACAGCACUUGUUGGUGGUGUUUCUGCUCAAACCAUUCCUCCGUUCUCCACCAACAGACGUGUUUCAGCUAACCAGGUCAAGGACACUCACAGAUAUGUUUUCUUCAGUCAUAAAUCAGCCAGUUUUCUGCUUCACUGCUCAUAGAGAGGCUGCAGCUGCUGAUUUUUAACAAACAUGAUUUAAAUAUAUAGGUAAGUGUAAUCAACGUGCAACUGGAGUAAUACAGUAGCACUCAGCCAUUGCACUGUAAUUUGAUACCGUGCAGGAUAUUAUAAUAAUAAUAAUAAUCAACCUGCAGCAGCCAUAUCAUCCUGUCAGUCUGUAUGUCUGUUAAAGGCGUAUGAGAGCACAGUGUUUCUAUUAAGGCCUCAAUACAUCUGUAGAAGCUUUUUUCCACAGAUUUUUAGUGAUUUUUGCCAUCUGGCUGUCAGCUGUGAGACUUUUCCUGGUAUAAAUUGUCACCAUGUAUUUUAAUGGUUGAUUCCUGAUGUGAAUAAAAGCUAUAUGAAAUGAAUGGCAUUGAGGCCCACGUCUAUUAGAAAUGCGCUGCGCCACUUGCUGUACUUCAGUUGAAUUUGAACAUUUCUGAGGUUUGAAUCUCCCCCUACCCACCCCCCUCUUAUUUCCCUUUUCCCACCUGAAAUGUGAUUUCUUUGUCCUACAAAUGAGAAAUGACUUCCUGUGGGGGUUUUUUGUUUCUGUGUUCCUGAGCUAUCUUGCGCUGUGGAUAAUUUAGUUUUUAUGGUUUUUCACUUUGCCUCUCUGGGUCAAAUCGUUUCUAAUAUGGUGAAACAUCAAAUACUUGAAAGUGUGAAACUGCUGAAUCUUUGGCCUCAGGCUGUCUGGAUGUGGAAGUAUUUUUGGUAGUGCAGUAGAUUUUUGCCAUCAGUGUUGUUGUUGGGUUUUUGUCUUUUUCUUUUUUCUUUUUUUUUCUUGUUUCAUUUUGAUGAUAUGUUUCAAACUGUAUAUUUCGAAUUGAUUGUUUUGUCCAUUAUUGCAUUUUGUAUUGUGUCUAUUAUUAUUAUUAUUAUUAUUAUUAUUAUUAUUAUUAUUAUUAUUAAUACUAUUAUUAUUGGUGUAAUUGUACCAUCAAUAAGUAAAUUCUGGCUCUGAGUCGAACCAGUGUACUUGGAGGUAUGCAGUAGUAACAUGGUAUUUUCUCUCUGCUUGUCCUCUUUUAUUUACUUGAACAUGAUGUGGAUAUCUUUUUUUGUUUUUGUUUUGAUUCCUUGUUCCUCUGUUGGUCACAGUAUGCCUGAAGUGAGUCGUAGUAUACUGAGCUCCUAUGUUCAGUGGAGGCUCUUCCGUUUUCUUCUUCUUCUUGCACUGGCUCUGCCUUGACGCCUUCUUGCUGUAUAGGCUACAACUGCUGAUGCAAUGAGCUGCCAGAAAUGGCACCGAAAUGGUUUAUUAUCAUAUAGUUUAAUAAAAAUCUCAUGAUGGCACUAUCUAAAUUUA